UCCCAUCGGUAUUUCAUUGCCAUCCCUAGGCCGCAAAUGGAAUGGAUUUUCGUGAAUUAAAUAAAUUGGACUGGCGUUUGCAUCUGAAUAACAAUAAUAAUAUAGUUGAUUGUAGUGCGGGCAAUAGGAACAGCGGUCCUGAUGCGUCGGAUGAACGCCAUUCGGAGCUCCCAUUUCGACAACUCGAUUGUGUUACGGGGGGAUCAACAAUGGGCACGAAACAAAAACGGGCACCAACAACUUUAAGACAGGCCGUUGUACCAGACGACGGGGAAGAUGAAGCUGGGGGAGGGGGCGAGGCCAGGGCAAGAGAAUGCACAGCGACGGCGGUGGCAGCCGAGGGCGUGAAUAAGUUGGGAAGCGGCGCUUACAGCGACUUGGACUUGGAUGUGGCUGGUUACGGUCUGAACGCCGCUGCCCUUUCGCCCACUGAUGCGGCUACCGGCGGUCUAAGCUCAAGCCGCACAUCCAUGAACAACUCGACAGGGAAUCUCAGCUAUGCCAGCGACAACUUUUACGGCGACGAUCUUAUCCUUCUAGAUGAUGAUGACGGAGACGCGGAGGAUAUAUCAAUAAAUUCGGACGACUGCGUCUAUGCCUACCGCGGCGACGGGAUUGACUUCGACAUAGAUCUGGAGACCACCGCCAUAAGCAGGGGAGGUCGGCACCGCUUGGAUUUAAAUAGGGGACCGGUUAGUACUGGAGGGUGCAGUAGCACCAUAGGCGUCGAGGACGAAACCGAGUUUUUGGAAAUGGACUUCGAGCCUGACCCAUCCUCGGAAUUGGAGUAUGUGGCCGGGGCGCAAGACCUUGGAGUCCUGCCGCACGCUAAUUUGUUGCUAAUGCAGCGUGAUUUAAGUCAAAUAAGUGGUAUAGGCGGGACCACGCCCACGCAAGGAAGGCAACUGUUCAGCUCACCUAUCGACGAUUUUCCGCAGGAGGAUAUUCGGCAUCAGCAAAAGCAGCGUCUUAGUAAGAAGUUCGCCCGCAUCAGCUUGAAUUUGGACCAGAUUAAGGAUGCGGGAAAUAUGGGAAAUGGAGUUGAUAUCGAUUUAAAUGAGUCAAUGGGCGAUGGCACGGACAAGGAUGUGGAGUCCCCCGGGUGUGGACAAUCGAUAAAAUCUGCUCUGGCUCAUUCGUUACCCAACACCCUAUACACAGGACCUAGUUUUUCGCGCAGCACUAGUGAGCCCAGUGAACAUCCGGAGCCCAAGUUGACUGGAGCUAAGCCGAAAAGACUAUCCCACUCCUCGUCUGUGAUGUCCAAAAGCAGCUCUUCAUCUAGGUCCCGCCGCUCCCAGCCCUCGACUAGCAUCGAUGAACGUUGCUACAGUUGCACUGAUUUCAGGCCAACUUCGGUUUCAUCUUGCCAGCAGCAGCAAUGCGGAGCGGGGCCUGGGCAGGAUCAAAUUACUCCAAUGCUGGUAGCUGCUGCGGCUGUUGUGGCCAUGGCGUCAUCUUCUUCUUGCAUAUCCCAUUUUGACCUGAGCAGUAACGAGGAUAAUUGUCUAGAUUGUCUGGAAAAAGAGUUCCUGGCCAACACCAUCGGCAAAGUCCUGGACCCGACCACGUGUCCUAAGUGCCGAAAACAAGCCGGUGGAAGAGGCAGUAGCCUUUCGCUUUACGCCCGGGCAGAGCAGACACGCUGUCGAAGCGGCUCGCCAGGGUUCUUUGAUGGUGGCAUGUUCGCUGGCUGGCACAGCACUUCAGCGGCUGGAACCGUUAACGGCCCCAGUUUAGAUUUAGCCUUCAACCAAAGGUUUAUUUUGUGUGAUAAUAAUUUCAGCGGCAUACAGCUACCUAAGCAAAGCUUUUCGACUGAGUCGCUUGUGGCGCGUCUCUCCACAGAAAAUAUUUGCGAAGUAGAGCCCCUAGUGCAGGCGCUGGAAAAACUGCACGUGACCUAUGAUAAGGAACUAAUACGUGGAUAUUUUGAGCAGUUGGCCGUGCGGCGGCAAGCAAACAGCAGGGUCAAUCUAAGACAGCUUUUGAUGCAGGCCUCCAAGCAGCAAGGAAACCACCGUAAGCUCAAACGACUGAUCGAGCUUGUGACCCAGAAGCAGCUCAUAGUGCAAUUCAAACGGCGAGACGAAGGCAACAGCCAAUUGGUGCCGAUUAAGGUGACGGACAUUUUGGAUGCCUGGGAACGGUACCGUGAUCUAUCCAUCCUGCGUCAGUUGGAUAAACGCUUUCAUUGCGUAAAUGUAAUUGGAAAAGUUGGCCAUAUUGUGCGGCAGGCAUCUGUAUCGUCAUCCACAUCGCCCCAAGCUGCAUCAACGUCCUCCUGCACCAGACGCGCCCUUCCUGAAUUUCUAAUGAUCCCGCAGUAUUAUGAGAGUGGAGAGCUGACUUUGAUUCGCAAAUGUUAGGAUUUACUAUUUUCACACCCACCACUCACAGUUAACUAAACAAACUCGCCACAUACACCUAAUCAAAAGCAAAUUGAUGAGCCGAUUUCAUUGUACAAUUUUGUGAGACGAGCCGAGCUCCGGAUAAGAUCAGGAAAUCACAUGGCUUAGGCACAUUAAGUAAGUCGGGUCAGCUCCAACUCCGAAAAUAAGCUUAAGGGAAACAUAAAAACUCAUAGUGAAGUGCGCGUUAAAUUGCAUAAAAAUUUACUCGAAUAAGCGUUAGCCAAGUUUGCAAUAUUUAUAUAGUACCAUUGAUUACACUGCUCUGCAAAUUUCAACUUUUGCGCUGCGAAUAAGAUGCGAUAUAGUGUUUCCGAAAGGUUUUUUCGUGCUGAUCACGAAUCCGGAGUGGAAAUUUUCCCAUCACGUCAAGUUUUUGAAAAAAUAGUGUUUGACAAAAUGGCGCUUUUGGCCACUUUUGAAAAGUUAUACCCCAAAAUUCUGACGUGCUACGAAAUUGAGUAAUAUUGGAAAUUGAAGCUAGAUUUGUGAUCUUUAAAACGAGACCAAAUCAAACUGUUUGCAUGCACCGUUAGGGCAGGGAGCGUGUUUAUAUGUAGGGGUCUUACCGAAAGUAGGAAAGUAAUACUCCCCCAACCGCCCGUGACCACAGGUAUUGAGAGGUUGGACUGUAUAAACUCGGGCCCUGCCGACUCCGGAUCCGUGAUCAGCACGAAAAAAACCUUUCGGAAACACUAUGUCGCAUCUUAUUCGCAAAACCCAUGCAGAGCAGUGUUAUGUAUCUGCCACGCCCGACAACAUAUACCACUCUAUACACCUCUUUACAGAUACAUACGCUCAGAAGCAGAAACUAACGCAUCCUCGUACAUAGCUUAGCUUGUAUACAAAGAAACGAAUUCUGAAUAAACUUUAAGUAGCCAAGUAA